AUGGGUUUAGGUUCAGUUUUGAUUUACUCGAUCUUAGCACUCCUCGUUCUUCUAUUCCUCUCCUCCUACUCUCCCUUCAACCACCACUCUUCCCACCGUCACCGCCGUCUCAAACUCCGCUCCAACUUCACUUUCUCCCUUUCCCACUCCCACCACCCACCCGUCCCCUUCGACCCUCUCCUCGCCGAACUCGAACGCAACCGCGAAGACAAACAAUGGGAGCAACAGCACAUUCAUCAUUCUCACCCUCAACUCCAUCACCACGACGACGACUCAGCCCCCGCUCACGAGUCGCAGCCGGAGUGGGAGGACUUCAUGAACGCGGAAGACUUCAUCAAUGACGAAGAUAAGUUCAAUGUUACUUCUCGCCUUUUGAUUCUCUUCCCGAAAAUCGAUGUCGAUCCCGCCGAUUCGUUCAUCGAUGUUCAUGAGUUGACUAUGUGGAAUCUUCAACAGGCUCAUAGAGAGGUUUUGCAUCGUUCUCAGAGAGAAAUGGAACUUCAUGAUAAGAAUCAUGACGGUGUCGUUUCGUUCUCUGAGUAUGAUCCUCCUACCUGGGUUAAAUCCGCAGAUAAAGAUUCGUUUGGUUAUGAUAUGGGUUGGUGGAAAGAAGAGCAUUUUAAUGCAUCUGAUGCAGAUGGAGAUGGUGUUCUCAACUUAACUGAGUUCAAUGACUUUCUGCACCCGGCUGAUAGUAAUAAUACAAAGCUUCAACAAUGGUUGUGCAAGGAGGAAGUCAGAGAAAGAGACUCAGAUCGAGAUGGGAAGGUCAACUUCAAAGAAUUUUUUCACGGGCUCUUUGAUUUGGUAAGAAACUAUGACGAAGAAGAAAGUCACACUGAUUCCCAUCAUACUGAUAAUCCAAUGGAUGUUCCUGCUAGAAAACUGUUUGCGCAGCUUGACCAGGAUGGUGAUGGGUACUUGUCAGAUACUGAACUACUGCCUAUAAUUGGGAAACUCCAUCCGUCCGAGUAUUAUUAUGCAAAGCAGCAGGCAGAAUAUAUCAUUUCACAGGCAGACGGUGACAAAGAUGGGCGUCUCACUUUGCCUGAGAUGAUUGAGAAUCCCUAUGUAUUUUAUAGUGCUAUUUUCAAUGAUGAUGAAGAUGAGUAUACUGAUUACCACGACGAGUUCCGAUAA